UCACGCCCUCGUCUCACCUGCGAGUCCUUAGAGCAGCUUCUAGAGCAGCACUUGUGAGCGGAUCAGUCGCAGCUUUGGUCUUCCAGAUGGUGAUUCAUGUGUUGACACCGGAGAGUUAACUCGGUUUGUUCGGGUAUUGAGCCCCCGGCGUGACAGCUGAGGCAUUAUUGGACACCCACACACCGAGGGUUGAGAGUGCUUUCCAGAAUAAACUGGCUGAUUAGAUCUCUUCCACUGUACGGCCUCUAACUGCAAAGGGAGCUGAGUGCCACAAAGUUGCAGGAUAUUUUGCUUCAAGGGAAGAACAUGGUGAAACUGAUUCACACAUUAGCUGAUCAUGGUGAAGAUGUCAACUGCUGUGCCUUCUCCUCUUCCCUUUUGGCUACUUGCUCCUUGGACAAAACAAUUCGCCUGUACUCCCUAAGUGACUUCACUGAAUUGCCACACUCUCCAUUGAAGUUUCACACCUAUGCUGUUCACUGCUGCUGUUUCUCCCCUUCAGGACAUAUUUUGGCUUCAUGUUCAACAGAUGGUACCACUGUCCUGUGGGAUACUCAAAAUGGACAGACAUUGGCAGUGCUGGAACAACCUCGUGGGAGCCCUGUGCGGGUUUGCAGGUUUUCCCCAGACUCCACUUGUUUGGUGUCAGGGGCGGCUGAUGGAACUGUUGUUUUGUGGAAUGCGCAGUCAUUCAAGUUGCAUAGGUGUGGUAGUGUAAAGGAUGGCUCCUUGGUUGCCUGUGCAUUUUCUCCCAGCAGAAACCUCUUUGUCACUGGCUCCUCAUGUGGAGAUUUAACAGUGUGGGAUGAUAAAAUGAAGUGUCUGCAUAGUGAAAAAGCACAUGAUCUUGGAGUUACCUGUUGUGAUUUUUCUUCGCAGCCAGUUUCUGAUGGAGAACAGAGUCUUCAGUUCUUUCGAUUGGCAACAUGUGGUCAGGACUGCCAGAUCAAAAUUUGGGUGGUUCCUUUUAGCCACGUCUUAGGUUUUGACUUAAAAUGUAAAAGCGCACUGAGUGGGCACUGCGCCCCUGUCCUGGCCUGUGCUUUUUCUCAUGAUGGGCAGCUGCUAGUCUCAGGAUCAGUGGAUAAGUCAGUCAUAGUGUAUGAUAUUAAUACUGAGAAUAUACUUCACACGUUGACUCAGCAUACCAGGUAUGUCACAACUUGUGCCUUUGCACCCAAUAUCCUUCUACUCGCUACUGGUUCAAUGGACAAAACUGUAAACAUCUGGCAAUUUGACCCGGAAACACUCUGCCAAGCAAGGAGCACAGAAGAUCAACUGAAGCCGUUUACGGAAGAUUGGUCAGAAGAUGACGUCUCAACGUGGCUUUGUGCACAGGAGUUAAAAGACCUUGUUGGCGUUUUCAAAAUGAAUAACAUUGAUGGGAAAGAACUGUUGAAUCUUACAAAAGAAAGUCUGGCUGAUGAUUUGAAAAUUGAAUCUUUAGGGCUGCGUAGCAAAGUUCUGAGGAAAAUUGAAGAGCUCAGGACACAGGUGAAAACUCUUUCUUCUGAAAUUCCUGAUGAAUUCAUAUGCCCAAUCACUAGGGAGCUCAUGCAGGACCCUGUCAUCGCGUCAGAUGGUUAUUCUUAUGAAAAGGAAGCAAUGGAAAAUUGGAUAAGCAAAAAGAAACGCACAAGUCCCAUGACGAAUCUUGUUCUUCCCUCAGCGGUACUUACGCCAAACAGGACUCUGAAAAUGGCCAUCGAUCGAUGGCUAGAGACACAUAAAAAAUAAAACCGUUUAUUUUUAUAUUAUGUACAUUGUAUCAGUGAUCUCAUUUGAAUGAUUUAAGAGUAUAUACUAAUAAGAUAUUAUGAAAGGCAAAACAGAAGGACAAAGGUAAUCUUAAAUUUAGUUAUCUAUAAAAACUCUUCAGUAUCUAUUUUCAUUCUUUAAAACAUGGACUGAACACAUCUAACCUCUUUUCUAUUUUUAGUAUAAAAUCUUGUAUUAAUAAAAAAAUCUUAACUUUUAGAGAAAUAAAGCUUUAAUUUGCAGUACCCACUUUUCUUCUUAGGUAUAGGUCAUACCACAUUACAAGCAAACAUCAGAAUAAUCUAUAACAGAUAUUGAAACCCUAGUUAAUAGCCAUUUAUUUGAUAAUUCUUUGGAAUCCCUCUAAGGAGAAUUUGUAGCAAAGUAAUUGUAGAUUUAUGAAUAAAAUAAUUUUCAUAUGUUUAA